AUGAGGUCUGUAGGCGCAGUGACAAGAUCUUCAGCAAAAGUGGAAGAUACAGUUGAUGAAGGGAUUGUAGUUGGUUCAAAAUCAACUGUACCUGUUCCUGACUUACUACCUCUUAAACAUAUGAAAAAUCAAAAUCAGGGCUAUGUUGAUUGUCAGUUAGACUUUAGUUUCUCUGACUCCUCUUCUAUACCUAGAGUUGAAGAUUCAGUGUCUUCAACACCUGUGGACCCUUUAUUGCUACCUGAUGAUUCCAAUGAACGCAAUGAAAUGAAACAAGAAUUAGACUUAUGUGUGGUCACUAUAGAAGAGUCAAAUAUUUCUAAAGAUUAUGAAGAAGAUAAAGCAUGUGAAUCAGAUAGCAACUACCCAGAACCCACUAAGAGGUUAAGCAGUGAUAAACAUGAAUAUAGAUUUUCAAAAAGAAUUAAGUAUGAGGAUGAUUAUACUAUGGAUGACGCAAGAUUUCUUUCUCAAACUGUGAAUGGGAAUGGUACUACCAACUUUUCAGAUGGAGAAACUAACUAUACAAAUGAACAGCAAUGUCCAAGUGGAGAUCUGAAUAUUUUUAGUGGGCCUGAACAUGCUGAUACUAAUAGUGAAGAUAGCAAAGCAACAACUUCCAUAUAUGAAUAUGAUGAACAAAGUGUUUCUUCAAUAUCAAGUUUAAAAAUUGAAAAUCACAUGAAUAAUGUGUCUCUAGUUAGUGAAUCAAUUGAUAAUGGAUGCCAAAACAUAAUAGAGGAUGAAGAAAAUAAUACCAUCAUAAUUCAGGAUGUGCAUACAGCUCAACAUAAAGUUGAACAUCAAGAAAAUGCAAUAGGGUCUUGUCAUGAUAACGAAAAAGAAGAAUUAAAUACACAAGUGGAGUCACUAUACAGUAAGUCACCUUUGAAGGAUGAACCAUAUCAAAAUGUAGAAGUAAUUGAAGAAUUUGACAGUCACAACAUUGAGCCCACAGCCAACAAAAAUUUAAAAUGCAAACUUGAAGAUCAAGGCAAAUAUGAUGAAAAGAAUAGACCUAGCGACAAUAUUACUCCUAACUAUUAUGAUGAACACUUCAAAGAUGCAGAAUCAUUUAUAUUGGAAACUGGUGGUCUUUCAAUAUUGGCUCCACAAAAUGAAGAAAGUAAAUACACUCCUCACCCUAACUUAAUGGAACUGACAUCAUAUAUGAGUGAAUCAAAUGUAACAGCUGUUGUAACAAUGCCAAUGAAUCAAAAUUCAUCAAUCCCUAUUAUGGAAGUAACAAAUUCCACCAUGGUGUCAUAUCCUGAUGACAAUAUGCAAGAUCCGGCAAAACCCAAAAACUCAGCUGUAUCAUGGAAGACUGACAAUGAUUGGAGUAAUAGUGAUAAUAUUAUACCAUUACAUAAUUUCUCAUGUGUUAACAAUGAUAAUACAAAAUAUGUCAGCGAAGAUUCUAAAGCUAGCAUAGAAGAUGUUAAUAUUAAUGACGAUAAUUGUAUGUAUAAGGAGGACAGAGAUGCAAAUUUUAAUAUGGAAUCAUCAAACUCUUCGGAAAGUUCUCAAUCAAUGAAAGAUUUAAAGCAAGAAAUAGAGUCAACCAGUAGUGUUGUUUCUAGUUCAACUGUAUGCAACCCUACUAACAACUGUACAACAGUAGCACAAAGUUUAAGAAGUGGAGCUAAGAAAUCAAAGCCUGGCAAGGAAUCUAAUAGAAGCCGUAGCUCUAACAAAGUGCCACCAGGAGCUGUAAACCUCGAGCGUAGCUACCAAAUCUGCCAGGCAGUCAUCCAAAACAGUCCAAACCGUGACGCAUUACGCGGUCAGCUCCGGCCUCCGCCUGCUCUUUUAACGCGACCAAAUCGCGCGCCUCGUCCGCCGCCACCAGUACUUGUUCGGCAGUUGCCUGGGCCUGUUGUGCCACAAACUGAGGUGAAUGAAAAUCGCUCUAACAAUAUGGGUCAGUAUAUUCUUGUACAAAGAACCCCUAAUGUGAUGCCCAGAGCAUCCAGUGCACCACCAGCAAACCCUAACACAAAUGUAAAUGUUACAAGAUGUCGCAGUGUGGAUGCAGAUGAUACUUGUGUGUGUAACCUACGAGCAAUGAUUCUCUGUAAGAAAUGUGGAGCUUUCUGUCAUGAUGAUUGUAUUGGCUCCGCUGAGUUAUGUCUUACUUGUCUCAUACGC